CUUGUGCAGAUAAAACUGUACACGCCACAAGGCAGUCUGAAGUACCAGACAGACUGUGCCCCCAACAAUGGCUACUUCAUGAUUCCCCUGUAUGAACACGGAGACUUCUCCCUCCACAUUGAGCCGCCGGCCGGCUGGAACUUUGAGCCCACACAGGUCCAGCUGCACAUCGACGGCAAGACUGACCAGUGCAGUUUGGGCAAGGACAUCAACUUCAAAUUCGCUGGAUUUUCCAUAUUUGGCAAGGUGGUGAGUGCAGGCCGUAAUGAUGGUCCUGAGGGAGUGAGUGUGAACCUGCAGCUGGAGGACUCUGAUGAUCCUGCUGAGGUGCUACAGACAGCGGUCACCACACAGGGGGGCAGGUAUAGCUUCUCCAAGAUCCUGCCAGGGAAGUACGAGGUUUCCGGGGAACACGCUGACUGGACCCUGGAGCAGAAGUCCGUCCAUGUGGUUCUGGAGAAGGACAACGUGAACGUGGCAGAAGAGCUGAGGAUCAUCGGGUAUGACGUGAGGGGUCUGGUACAGAGUGAGGGACAGGGCAUGGCAGGCAUCACCCUCAUACUCCACUCUGCUACUGCGGAAACUGAGCUGGUGAAUGGUUGCAACAAGGGCAGUCCCAAAGGCUAUCCCGGGGAGACAGACAGGUUACAUGUGCUGUGUUGGGUGGAGUCUGACCAACAAGGAAAGUUUGUCUUCCCCACACUACCAUCUGGACAGUAUAAACUUGUGCCAUUCUAUGGCUCUUCCCAGUUUGACGUGAGUCCCUCCCAGCUAGAUGUUACUGUUGACCACGGUAGCGUCCAACUGGGGGUGGCCUUUACAAUCAACGGCUUCUCAGUGUGGGGGAAAGUCUUGCAGGAGCCAGAGGGAGCAGGUAUCUAUGAUGUGACAAUAGCAGUCAAUGGCAAAGAUGUCCUCAAAACAGACGGAGACGGCAUCUACCAGCUGGAAAACAUGAAAACAGGCGUCUACUCCCUCCUGGCCAAAAAGGAACACUACGUCUUCUCCCCUCUGGAAGUGAAGGUUACUCCACGUACCGUGCAGUUUCAGGACAUUGUAGCAUCUCAGUUUGCGGUUUGCGGCCGUGUGGAAGUUGUGGCCUUGCCGGAUGGCUUUAGCCGUGACCGGGCGUGGGCACUGGAACUGGAGAGCACCACAACCGGAGCUGUCAACAAGGCUUCCACACAACAGGACGGCUCCUUUUGCUUCAUGGCACCAAGGGGGUCCUACACUCUGACGGUGAUGCUGUCUGCUGCUGAUCAGAAAGCCGGCCUCCAGCUGUCCCCGCCCAGCCAUGCUGUCACCGUCACCAGCCAGCCACAGAUGGACAUCCUGUUCACCCAGUUCCAGGCCGUUGUGUCCGGUUCUGUGCAGUGUAUCGAGUCCUGCAGCUCGGUGACUCUGUCCCUGCAGCGUGCAGACCAGGGAGGCAGCCUGGUCCACACACAGCCUGAACCCUCCGAGGGGAAAACUGUCACCUUCUCAUUCAACAACGUACUUCCUGGCAAAUAUACGGUAACUGUUCAGCAGGAGCAGUGGUGCUGGAAAGAGGCCAGCCUGACAGUCGACAUAGCAAACUCUGACAUUCAGGGCCUGGUGUUUGUUCAAACAGGGUUCAUGUUGAAGUGCUCCCUGUCACACGAUAUCAGUCUACACUUCAGCCAGGACGGCAACGGGCGCAACGUGGGAUCUUUUGACCUGAAACGGGGCAUCAACAAGUUCUGCUUGGCACAACCAGGUGUGUACCACCUGGCCCCAAAGUCGUGUCACCAGUUUGAGUCGGAGGUGUACACCUACAACACGUCCAGCCCUGUGGUCCUGACACUGACCGCUGACCACCACCUGGUGACAGGGACCGUGGUCACUCCGGACAGGUCCGACGACCUGCUGGUCACCAUCUCCACGCUGCCGGAUGGCGGGAGCGUCCAGGUCACCCCGGAGCAGACCAACCCCCCUCCCCCUGACAAGGACAUGGACAGCCCAGAGAAGAGUUCUGAAGAUAAAGAUAAGGGAGGAAAAUCUGAAGGCAAGAAAAGCAAAGACAAGAAGAAACCUAAGGACACCCCGGCCCCCCCUGCAGAACACCAGGGCCCAUAUACAUACCAGUUCUCCUACUGGGCUACAACUGGAGAGCAGAUCAUACUGAAACCAUCAGCCGACCAGCUGCUGUUCACACCAGGCAGCACCAAACUGACAGUCACAGGAGACAGCUGUCCUGCAGGCAAAGCAUCGUUUACGGGUGAGAGAGGGAUGUUUGUCACAGGCAGUGUGCAUCCCGCCCAGGCUGGCGUACACAUUACCGUGGCAGUCAAGCCUGGAAAAGGGGCCUCAAAACAGAAGGAAGUGACCACACAGACCAAUGCAGCCGGAGAGUACAGAGUGGGGCCAUUCUGGAGUGGUACUGAGUAUGAGGUACAUGCACACCUGGAUGGGUAUGUGCUGAAAGCACUGCCAGACAAUCCUCACUCUUUUGCUGCCUCCAAACUUGGGCAGAUCAGUGUUCAGGUGCUGAAUGAAGAAGGCAGUCCUCUGUCAGGUGUGUUACUGUCUCUCAGUGGAGGGGACUACAGGAACAACAAUCUCACCAAUCAGGAUGGAGCUUUUAUCUUCUAUAAUCUGGGCCCCAAACAAUACUUCUUCCGUGCCAUGAUGAAGGAAUACAAGUUUAACCCUACAUCACAGAUGAUUGAGUUGGAGGAAGGCAGCAGUAUCAAUGUUAAGGUGGUGGGCACUCGGGUGUCCUUCAGUUGUUACGGCCGUCUGACAUCCCUGAAUGGUGAGGCAGAGCCAGGGCUGACAGUGAGAGCUCAGGGAGUGGCCAACUGUUCUAAUGCUGUGGAGGAGACCACCACUGAUUCAGAAGGUGGUUUCCGGUUGCGUGGCCUCCAGCCAUUCUGUGAGUACCACGUGGGUCUGCUCAGCUCUGCUGCAGGGGGACAGACAGGGAUUCCUCCUCACAAAGUUAUUCAGGUCACAGAUGGGGACGUCCAUGGAGUCCAAAUCAUUGUCCUGCACAGUCUGAACCACUUUGACUUGAGUGGCAAUGUUGUCACCGCUGAGAACUACUUAAACACCUUGAAGGUUGUACUAUACCAGGAGGACAACAUGGACCUUCCAGUACACACUGUGACUUUAGGAUCCUCCAGUUUCUUUGACUUCCCACCUCUGGUCAGCAAUGAACAGCGCUAUGUUUUGAGUCUGGAGUCAACAUUAUCACGGGGUGCUUUUGACUACACCACACCGAGUGUAGCCUUCACUGCCAAUGGACCGUUUAAACACAUCACCCUGGAGUUCACCCCCAUUCAGAAAGCCAACAACAUCGACGUUACGGACGGGUCCUACCUGUCCCUACCUGUAACUCUGCUGCUACUGCUGGCUGGGUAUCACUAUGACAAGGCACAGUUGGUCAACAACCAAAGCGCUUACACGCCAAUAGUUAUCGAGUGUUUUUGGAUCGUCGGUGUCGUAUGCGUGCCCACGUGUCUGGAGGGAUACCAGUUCGCGGGACCGUGUCCGGCCAGCUUCAAGUGCGUGGACGGCAAGUGGUCUCCGGCGGGCGGGUUCCCUGACUGCGUCCCCACUGCGUCCCCGGUGACCGCCUCUGGUUCGCCUGUUAACCCAGGGAUCCAGACAAGGGCCGUGGUGCCGCCGGACCAGGAGGGCCACUGUGCCACGUGGGGCCAGCACAACUUCCGCACGUUUGACGGCAGUGUGUACCAGUUCAAGGGGGCGUGCCGCUACGUCCUGGCCAGCGACAUCUUUGCAGAUACCUUCAACAUCCACAUCUGCAACGACCGUCACUGCCAGCCUGGCGAGGCCUGCUCCCGCUCCAUCAACAUCUACAUGGGAGACGUGGAGAUGGAGCUUCGGCAGUCGGAGGACGGCCCGCUGGUCUACUGCGACGGCAACCUGCUCACCGUCCCCACCACCGCCUUCGGCGCCCUGAUCGAGAAGACUUCUCACUUCAUCAUCGUGAGGAGCGGGCUGGGCUUCAAGCUGUGGUGGGACGGACAGGAGGCCGUCUUCCUCACCGUGUCCGAAUCCCUGCUGGGAAAGACGGGCGGUCUGUGCGGCAAGUUUAACCGGGACCCUACCGACGACUACACCACACUGCACGGGAGGCUGGUGGCUGACUCCGCAACGUUUGCCAACAGUUGGAAGAUGGAGAGUCUGUCAGCACCGUGCCCAAAUGCCCCGACCAACACCUACUGCACCUUUGACACCACGGAGACGUAUCAGGUGGCAGUCAAUGCCAUUAACCUCUGCAGCUGUCUGUUGGAGACACCUUGCAAGGCUGUUGUGGACCCCACGCCUUACUUCGAGGCGUGUAAGGAGGACGUGUGCUUCUGCGCCACCCAGCGGCAGGGCUGUGAGUGCAGCUCUCUAGAGGCGUACUUCAGGGAGUGUUCACGUUUCGGCGUCCACCACAACUGGAGGUCACCCGACCGUUGUCGUAAGGCGCCGUUUUUUCACAAUGUAGACUAG